GGGGCGUGGUCUGCAGGCGGCUAGGCUGUCCGCACCCCCAGCCGGCUUGGGAAUGGCGCUGGGGGUCCGGGAGCGCGGGGCCUCGGGACAGGGUCUAGCCUCAGAGACCCUAAUGAUGGCCACAGCAUCGUCCAGUUCUCUGAGCUCCCGCCGCUUCCUGCUCUGGCUCUACCUAGUAGGCUUUUUGGACCUGUUUGGUGUCAGCAUGGUGGUCCCAUUGUUGAAUCUUCAUGUCAGAUCUCUUGGAGUAAGCCCUAUAGUUGCUGGAAUAGUAGGCUCUUCAUAUGGCAUUUUGCAACUCUUCUCCAGCACCUUUGUGGGCUGCUGGAGUGAUGUGGUUGGAAGACGGUCCUCCUUGCUGGUGUGCAUCCUGCUCAGUGCCCUGGGCUAUUUCCUCCUUGGAAUGUCCACCAAUGUGUUCCUGUUUACGCUGGCUAGAGUCUCCGUGGGUGUUUUUAAACACACCCUCUCCAUCUCCAGAGCACUGCUUUCUGACCUGGUCACAGAGAAGGAGCGGCCACUUGUGUUGGGACAGUUCAACACUGUCUCUGGAGUAGGCUUCAUCUUGGGCCCCAUGGUUGGUGGGUAUCUGACUGAACUGGAUGGUGGAUUCUAUGUGACAGCCUUCAUUUGCUGCUCUGUCUUCCUCCUCAAUGCUGGUCUAGUCUGGCUGUUACCUUGGAGAGAAACAAGCCUCAACAUCCCAGACAAUGGAUGGCACUUGGUGUGGAAGCACACUACAGUACCCAUAAAGUCAGAAGGUACACUGCAGGGAGCAGCCACCACCCCUAAGGCCAGGAAGAAUGAGAGGAAAGUGCAGGCCCCCUGGGUUGAAGUCAUGUCAGCCUUGAAGGACAUGAAGAACCUGAUCUUUUCUGCACUGCGGGACAUAUUCAUCGUGCGCUUUAUGAUGGGAGUAGCCAUCAUGCUGUACUACAGUAACUUCGUCUUGGGCCUGGAGGAGCGUUUUGGGCUACGGCCCAAGAUCACAGGGUACCUCAUCAGCUAUACCAGUGCCCUGGGUACCCUGGCUGGCUUCGCUGUGGGGCCCAUUUUACGGCUGUACAGGCACAACUCACACAUGGUGGUCCUGCACUUCAGCGCACUCACCAGCCUCCUGCUGCUGGUCUACUCCACGACCGGCUCCAUGGCCAUGGUGGUGGUCUCCUCGACGCUUCUGUCCUUCACUACCUCCAUUGGGAGAACCUGCAUCACAGACCUUCAGCUGAGUGUGGGUGGAGCCCAGACCAGCGGCACCGUCAUAGGUGUAGGCCAGUCUGUGACUGCAGUGAGCCGCAUCCUCGCCCCGCUUCUCUCUGGAGUGGCCCAGGAAAUCAGUCCCUGUGGCCCACCAAGCCUGGGUGCUGCUUUAGCCCUGGUGGCUAUUUUAAUCAUGACUCUAAACAGAUCUUCCUUCAGUGGGGAAGGGAGUGAGAGACUCAAACGGGAGUAGGAUUGGGACCACUUGGAGAAGUGGAUUUAGAACCAGACAACUCGGGGACGAUGGGUAUUUCAGGGACAGUGGGUGGUAGUGCAAGUGCAGUUAUUCCCAGAUGGCUCGGUCUCACCUGCACAGGCAUGCCAGCAGAGCCAUCAAAAGUCAGCAGCAGAUAGGAAAGUUUAGACUGAGUGCAGCCCUGCUAAGGUCCACUGUAUCAGAAGUUUGCCUGAGAGGCUAAUCUUUGCACCUGGGCACAGCAAAGUUAACAUUUGCUUCUGGGGAAAGGCAGCAUGCUAAAAGAGGUGAAAGAGCGACUUGGAAUAUGGAGGGAAGCCUCAGUGUUAAUCAUAGACUAGCCACCUGUCUGGAAUGCAGCUCUGCAUAAUCCCAGAAGGCAAAAGCAGCUUCUCUGCCCAAAUCCCAGAGACCAACGCAGGCAGCUGCUUUAUUUAAACCAGCCUGUUGCUGUCUCAGCUGGUAAUGUCAGAUACCUUACCCCUAGACAUUUAGAUACAUAGACCUGGCUGAGAUCAGACCUGUGGGCUUUUAAGCCCAAGUGGCCAUUUCUCAUGGAGGGGGGAGGAACACUGAGACAUGAUAGUUUUGAUUAAAGUAAAAAUUGGGAGACUGCACUGUUUUCAAUAGUUAACUGUACAACCUACUUAAAGCCACUGAUUGCAACGGGGGUACACCACCUUUCCCUCCUCUUAGGAGUCAGACUGCACCAAGAACAAGCAACUUUCAGGGCUGCCUUCUUUCCUCUUUUGAUUUAGUCACUUUAGACUUUGGACAGCAGCCCCAUCCCCAACCUCCCACAGCCCCAAAUUCUGGGAUCACAGACCUAAAAUCCACAUUCCAUACGAUCCUCUUGAUUAACCCUUUGGUGGGCGAUGCCCAUUUUCAUGUAAUUGUGAGUGGUUCUUCAAUGCACUAAAUUUUCAUAACUCUAAUGUUCACUAUUUAUAAAUCAGAAAAAGGGUGUUUUCAUAGUUUUAGAUGUUGUAUGUGGGAUGAUAAACUCAAAUAUUUAUGACUGUUGGAAGUGUAUUUUAGCUUGAAUGCCAUCCCCUUUCCUCUCUGUCUUUGAGAAAAACAAUUCACUUUUAAGUUAUUUCCACUGUGAAUUUUAACACGGGCACUAAGAACUCUUAAGGGACCAAAGCAUGGUGUAGGUGACCAUGUCCUCACACAGCAUCUGAUUGUCAUGGAGAUUGGGGUCAGAGGGACAGUGAUUAAACUGAUGAUGAUAUGACAUAAUGAGGUAAGGUUUCAAAAGUAUUUCUAUCAAUACUGUGCUCUCAAAGACUGGACUUUUCUUACAAAUGUUUACGGAAGCCAUGUUUGUAUUCUUAAAACCAUAAGUGAAACAAGUUUAGUGAGACUUUAAAAUUAAUAAGAAACAUGGAGAUACUGAAAACCCAAACCAACCACUAUCUAUUUAGAGAAACACUUGUUACCCUGUAUUAGGUAACUAGGAAUUUGUUAAUGCGAUGGUGGUUUUUCUGUUCUGCCUUUUUAUUUGCUAAGCAGUUGAUCACAGUUCAUCUUGUCUGGUGUCUUGCUCAAAGUUCGGUCUCUAGACCAUCCAUCAUGUCCUGGGACACAUGCUCCGGCUCCAGCAUACUCCCAAUAGGGGCCACUUUGAGGAGCCAUGUAACUGAUUUGUUUACACAGAAAACUUUGGCAACCACUGGUCUGGUGUGUGGAGUUUAUAACGUUUUAUGGGG